AUGGUUAUGACUGCGAAUGUAAAUUUAGACUCGCCGGAGUCUUACAGGGAUAAAGAGAUAAAGACGAGGAGUAAGAUUGCGAUUCAAAGAAUCCUCACACAUCGCAAAUCUAUGAAGAAGAAAAAGAAGAGGAAACCAAGUGUUAAAAGACGUGAUUCUGAAACUGAUGAUGAUGGUGGAAAGAAAUCGAAGAAAAGGAAGAAACACAAGGUAUCUGGUGGUGAAGAUAUAGUAAACACGGGAAUCUUCAAAGAUAAUCAAAGCCAUGAGAAAGCACUCGUGCUAUGUGAUGAUGAUAUUGAUAAGAGAGAUAAGAGAUGGCGUGUUGUUUGUACAACACACAAACCUAAGAAGAAAAGGAGUAUGCUUGCAAAGAUUGUGAUGAAACGUGGUGUACAGUUAACGGCAAGUGAGAGACUGGCUGAAGAUUUCAAGAAAUUGACAGGAGGGAUACUGCUCUCUAGGAACAAAGACUACUUGGUUUUCUACCAAGGAAAGAACGUUUUGUUACAAGAAGUAACUGAGACAUUGAAGGAGCAAGAGAAAUUUGUAAGGAUUUUAGGAAACAGAAAACAAGAGGCACAUUCAAGAGAAGGAUCAUCGACUCUGCAUAUUGUCAAAAGUACUGAACCUAGUAAUGAGUUUGUUCCUUCUAGUAUCAUUGGUGAAACACUUGACACAACAGGUAAGUGGAGAAUAAAUCAGGACGAUGGUCACCAUGCAGAAGAAGUGAAACAAGACGUUAAGAAACAGAGACAUAAAAAUCUUGUAAGGAAGCUGAAAACAAAAUUUUAUCUUGCUGAGAGGAGACUAUUAAAAGCUAGACGUGGUUUGGCUAAGGUGGAAGAGUGUCUACAGGAAGGCAGACGAGUAUCUGACGAGCCUUAUACACUUGAAAGUGGGGAAGAGGUUAGACCUUUGAUGGUUGAACUUCCUGCGGAUUCUGUGGAAGCUAAAGUCACCAAGAAAGUGAAAAAAUCUGGUGAAACUUUUUAUAAAUACUUUGCCAAUAGUGAAAAAAUCAGGAGAAACGAUCGCGCUUCUGAGCUUUCCACUUGGAUGGACUCUGUUUUGUUUAAAGAGAAAAAUACAGAAGCAACCAGACAGUUAGAAGUGAAACUGAGAACGAGGAGGCCAAGUAAUAUUUUUGCAGAGAAGGAAAACACUGGCGUUGCCGAAUCUUGGCGGAAAAGAAAGAGGCUGUUAGUAAAGCCAAGCACUUCCAGAAACCUUAUCAAAAUUGAUUCUGAUACGGAAUCUGAUAGUGACCGACAUGAAUAUUCUGCUGAGAAACGAAUAAAUUCUCCGAUUAAUAAUGAAAAUAUGAAGGACUGUGUUUUAGAACAAGAAGAAACAUCAGCUCGUAAACAUCCUCGAGACUCUGCAACAAAAUACUGGGAUGAUGAUGAAAUAGAGGAGUCUGAGAAUUGGAGUCAUAAAGCUGCGUUUAAACGCCCGAGAUCAGUUAAUGCAGAUGAUGAAUCAAACUUCGAAAAACUCGAUUCAAGAAGAGAUGAGACGGAAGCAACUAAGAAGGUCUCUGCACAUGUUUCUUGUGUCAUAUGCUGGACGGGGUUCAGUUCCACUAGAGGCAUUCUCCCUUGUGGCCACAGGUUUUGUUAUUCGAGCAUCCAGAAAUGGGUAGGACGUUUGGUUUCCGAAGUGCAAAGAUUUGAACUGUUUCGUCGAGCUGCAAUUAAGAUUCAUGAAAUUACUGAGAUACCAAUUGUUGGAAAUAUUGGUAGAAGGCAAUGUAUUAACUCGGAUGAUGGCAUGAGCGUGGCACAUAUAUUUUAUGAUGGAGAAAGAUCAAUUGCGUGGGGUUCAAACAAACAAGAGACUGUUGUGUUACCGUCAAGUGGAGCUGAAGACAUGGCUAUGGACAGAAGCUAUGGAGCAAGCUAUAUGGCUUCUAAAGUUAUAUCGGUAUACACCCGGUGGUGAACAAAGAAGAAGCGUGAUGAAAACCUUCGGGAAAUCAAAACUCAAGGAAAUGAAAAGAAUUAUCAGAGUUCAAGAUGUAAGUGAAGAUGAGUUCAAGCUUAAGGGGAGAAUGUUGGGAUAAGCUUGAAG